ACUGAAGUCUCUUGUAUCGUCUCACAUCCAUCACAGAUCAGCCGUGGUUCUGCUCUCCGAUCCAAAGGUUACAAUGGCAACAAUUAGAAAUUUGAAGAUCAAGACAGCCACUUGCAAACGUAUUGUUAAGGAGCUGCACUCAUAUGAGAAAGAGGUUGAGAGGGAAGCUGCAAAAACGGCGGACAUGAAGGAGAAAGGAGCUGACCCUUAUGACCUGAAGCAACAGGAAAAUGUGCUGGCUGAAUCAAGAAUGAUGAUUCCUGAUUGCCGUAAGCGUCUAGAGGCCUCAUUGGCUGACCUUAAAGGAACCUUGGUUGAGUUGGAGGAAGCAAACGAGAAAGAAGGCCCGGAAUUUGAAGAUGCCCGAGCCACCAUUUCAGAGGUUGAAAAAUUGUUUCAAACAACAGAGGCCUAGUCAGUAGUAUUGGAGCGGAGGAUAUUACUGAGUGUAACCAUUAAUUUCAAACUUGUGAUGUAGAUUGCCAUCAAUUUUUACCACUUUGUUUCCAAGACAAUGAUUGGUAUAAUAACAUUCUCGGAUGUGCUCUGAACGUUGGUUCUCGAUAUGAUUCUCUGAAGAAAAUUGAGGAUGAAAUUUCUCUUUCAAAGAUUCCUACUUCUAGCCACUUCAAUCCUUAUUUUUAAGAUGCAGACAGAAUGUAUCCUAAGGCAUAAGAAAGCUGCUAGGAGGAAUAUGAGCAGAGGAUGAAGCGCAUAUGUAAUUGUUGUGGUGGGCAAUUACUGUCUUUUUUCUCAAUCCUGGCCAUUGUGGUCAUCAAUGUAAAUUCUGGUGGGGGUUGCACACCCGGUUAAUGAUAAAACAAAAGUUAGGUUGAUAAGGAUCUUUGGUAUUUUCAUGGUUUCACCGGGCAGAAUGGUAAGGGUAAUAAACAAACGACCAAAAACCGUAGUAAAGGAUGUAGAGACCAUAUCAACUCAUCUCACGCAGGCUGAAAUGGACGCCAUACAUCAGUAGAAUAGUUUUUUGGAUGAACAGUCGUAAACCAGGAGAUCCUGUACAAAAUGCCCAAAUGUUACAGUAGACGUGAAAAAUAGAACCAUUCUUUGUUUGUGGGAACAAUCUGAGUUUCUGAAUUCUGUUUGUCUUUCAUACAGAAUGGCGGGACCCUCUCCUGAACCUCCUUCGGAAAGGCCUGCAUGCUUCAAUGCUAAGAUCAACGGCAGCUGCAAGUGCCAUGAAUAUUGCAGCAUCUUCCACGCAUGUUACAUGUCGCAUGGCCAGUUGUACCAAGGGCUUACUCCUCUUCCCUUCCCCUUGAACUCUACAGCUCAUUACAAAACCAGAACCGAUUGGACUCAAAGUUGAAAAGUCUCCACUGCUUUGUGGACUUGGUAUUGGAAUUGCUGCUGUUUGCGUUUGUCUGUCUGUAUCAACGAAAAAUUCCCCACCCCUUUCUGCAUUUAUAAGUAUCUCUGACAUCAGAAACUCUCCUCCCUCUUGGCCUUCAGAAAGAAGGUGGAAUCGGCAACAAAUAGAGUCUCUAAUGCCACGCUCACGCCAUGCUUCAAGCUUUCCCCAUGGCAACCAACUCUCAGGCCUGCAAACAUCUGGGCGAACAAUCAACCAUGCUCCUGGGUUUGACUUAGCAACCCAAUCACAACCUGUCGAUGGCACAAAGGGAGUGGUUAUGAAGGCUGCUGCAACAGCCGAGCCAGAAAGAUCAUGUAUCUUCACCUUCCAUCCCUUUCUCUCUCUUCUCUCUGUUUCUAUUUCUGAGCAGUAGGUGCUUAAUGGGUCCCCCUGUGCUACCCUGCCAUAACUAUAAAAAAUUUCGUUAACA